UUGUUUACAUGUCGUGUGUAUAACUUUUUAUACCUUUUACAAGUGUUUUCUCUAAUUUUCCAUGCAAAUAAAUAAUUCCAUUAAUUAAAAUGAUUAAAAAACAAUCAAAGAAUACUUUAGCCGAGAAAAUCGCGGGUGUUUUAAGUGCCGUGCCGUCCCAGUUCGAUCCGGACGAUGAUAAUAUUGACGACACCAGUGCCAAAAUUGCCGGAUCUGGCGAUUUUGAGGAGGACAAUGAGGAAGAAGAGGCUUUAUUAAGCAAAUUUAGGAGGCAGAAUGUCGAUUUACUUGCCGACGUCGACCAGCGGUAUGCGGGGAAAAAGGGGAGCAGGAAGAGCUUGAAGGAUGAAAGCUCCGAAGAGUCUGACGAGGAACUUUCUGAUUUUAAUGAUGAUCACUCAGAAACUGGCUCUGACCAAUCAGGAAAUGAGGAAGAACCUUCAGAAGAAGAAAAAGAAAUAUCUGGUUCAGGCUCAGAUAGUGAAGGUGGCUCCAUAGCAUUAUCUGAAAAUGAUGAAGACACCAAUUUUCAGCAUUUAUCUGAGACAAAUGCCUCUCAACAAGUAAAAAAGGGUCUGUGUGUGAGGAAUCAAAUGAACAUAUGGGAGAACCUUUUAGAGAUGAGAAUACAAUUGCAAAAAUCCUUGGUGGCAGCCAAUAAGAUGCCCCAAACUGAUGAUUUUAAGGGAAUGCAGAAAAGCGAUGAAGCUGAACAAUUUAGGGAAAAAGUGCAAGAAACUCAGGAAAAUUUGGGUAAAGUUGUCGAUAAGUUAAUACAGCUACAACAAAUGGUUGUAAAAAAAUUUCCUGAAAGCAAGAAUGUAUUGAAGAAUAAUGGUGGAAAUCAAAAGGAAAAGGUUAAUCAGGAUAGUGAUGAGGAAAUUCCCAGCGAUACAGAAGAUGAACAAGAUGAAAGCAAUGAUGAAUCUGAAGAAGAAUCUAAACUCCAAAAAGGAAAGAAAAGAAGGCUAAAUGACUAUGAAAAAGACAUAUCAGAAUUGCACGAAAAAUACAGGAAAUAUAGAAAUGACACUAUAGAGAAAUGGAAUACAAAAACUAGACUAUCAGUGACAAAAAAUGCCGGACCAACUCACUCAGUUAUAAGCCAAAUAGAGCAUAUACUCUCAGAUAAAGAAAAGCUCCGAAAGCGAACCCAACUUAAGAGAACCGAGUACAGAAUCUUAGGAAAGCCUGAGGCAGAAGCAAACGUAUUAGAAAGCAAUGAGGAUAAUGGAGAUGUAAAACCAGUUGAAGAGUACAACAGUGAAAUCUUUGAUGAUAGUGAUUUCUAUCAUCAAUUGCUUAGGGAACUCAUUGAAGUUAAAUCAGCAGAUGUUACAGACCCGGUUCAAUUGAGUAAACAAUGGAUUCAACUGCAAAAUCUCAGAAGUAAAAUGAAGAGGAAAAUCGAUACGAGGACCACCAAGGGCAGGAAAAUAAGGUAUGCAGUUCAUACCAAAUUGGUGAAUUUUAUGGCCCCCUGUGACAAUGGGUCAUGGACAGAAGAAGCUAAAAACGAUUUAUAUAGUUCACUGUUUGGCAAAAUUCAACCUAAAACUGUGUAGUAGUUGUAAGUGGUAAAAAAUUAUUAAAAAUUGUUUUAGUUAAAAGUA